AUGCUCUGUAACUACAAUGUCGAUGAUCGGGUGAUGCCGGUUGUGUUCGAAAACGAAUGGUUCUUCAUUAUUGGAAAUACCAUCAUGGCAUUCACCAGUGGAUAUUUCAGUUCCCUUGGGAUGAUGUAUGCUCCCAGGUAA